AACCUUCCCUGUGAUGGGUUCCAUGCUUGGAUUAGUACAAACUGCAGUUAAAGUCACUUUGAAGCCAAGUGAUUUGCUACCCCAUUUUGAUCACAGGAGACUUGUGCCUUGAGGUCCCACAUGGAUUUUCCCCAGUGCUUGCCAAUUAAUGCUCAUUUCUUAUGUAUCAAAAGGGGCUCGUCAGUGACAAUAGGCGCCAACCAAUGAGUCAUCAAACACUUUGAAGUCAUCAUCUUCCCAUAUUAAGCAGAGGGAAGAGAAACAGAAACACUCACUGUGAUCUGUUGAACUUCUUAUUUCGUCUCUCUGUAUGCACAUAUAUGUAUACAUGUGUGUACAAGCAUGAAAAAGAAUGCCGAAAAGCAUCCAAAAAUGAUCCUCUGGCAGUCCUUUGGAUUUCGAAAACUACAGCUCAGCGCCACCCGACCACCGUUGAAGAAGAGAGGCUUAACAAGUACUGCACUCUGUACCACCUUCUUCCUCUUACUCGGGGCCUUGGUUUGUUCCCGCUGGAUAGUCUCUUUUCCUUUAUUUUUCUACAGUCAAUAUUUUCAGGUAAUUCCUUUAAAAUUUCAGUACCCUCUCUCAGCAAAACACCCCUUCAUUUCCCCCUAAACUGCAACGCAUGGAACCAAACACAGAGAUGUCCAAACAACUACCCUACCAAACACAAACGCACAAUUAAUCCCAACCGUUCAUCGAACAAGACUUGUCCGGACUACUUCCGCUGGAUCCACGAAGAUCUACGGCACUGGAAAGAGACGGGAAUCACGAGGGAUAUGGUCGAGAGUGCACGCAAGUUUGCCUACUUCAGAUUGAUCAUCCUCAACGGCAAGGCCUAUGUGGACAAGUACAGGAAGUCGAUACAGACAAGAGAUGUGUUUACGGUGUGGGGAAUCGUACAGCUCUUAAGGUGGUACCCCGGUAGAUUGCCUGAUUUGGAGUUGAUGUUUGACACCGGUGAUCGACCGGUCAUCAGAUCGAAGGACUAUAGGGGACCCAAUGCGGGCCCGCCUCCGUUGUUUCGCUACUGCUCUGAUUGGGCAAGUUUGGACAUUGUGUUCCCUGAUUGGUCAUUUUGGGGAUGGGCUGAGACCAAUAUAAAGCCAUGGAGGCAUUUGUCAAAGGACAUAAAAGAAGGUAACAAGAGAAUCCAGUGGGAGGACAGGCUGCCCUUAGCUUACUGGAAAGGGAACCCAAACGUGCAUAAAACCAGGCAGGACCUUCUUAGGUGCAAUGUCUCAGAUCAACAUGACUGGAAUGCUGUCUUAUAUAUCCAGGAUUGGAUUAAGGCAUCAACCGAAGGUUACAAGCAAUCAAAACUAGAAGAUCAGUGCACCCACAGGUAUAAGAUAUACAUAGAAGGAUGGGCAUGGUCUGUGAGUGAGAAAUACAUAUUAGCAUGCAACUCCCCGACCUUGUAUGUCACACCAAAUUUCCAUGACUUUCUCAUAAGAGGCAUGGUCCCACAGCAACACUAUUGGCCAAUCAGGGAAAACAACAAGUGCAAAUCUCUCAAGUUUGCUGUUGAAUGGGGCAACAACCACACAGCCAAGGCAAAGGCCAUAGGGGAGGCAGGUAGCAACUACAUUCUAGAAGACACUAAGAUGGAGAACGUGUAUGACUACAUGUUUCAUUUGCUGAAUGAAUAUGCAAAGCUACUUAAGUACAAACCUUCUGUACCCGAAACGGCGAUCGAGCUCUGCCCAGAAGUCAUGGCUUGCCCUACCGACAAUGUCUGGAGGAGGUUCAUGGAUGACUCACUGGAGGAGACGCCCAAUGAUGUACCGCCGUGCGCUCUUCCCCCUCCAUAUGAUCCACAAGUGCUUAAAGCCUUUGUUGAAGACAAAGUUAGAUCCACAAAACAAGUUGAGAUGUGGGAAAAGGAAUACUGGGACAAGCAAGAUAUCCAAAAGCAGUAGAAACCAAGGCUUAUUGUGAAUUGUCUUCUAAUUGGUAACUGUACUUUUUCUUUUCCUAGCUUUAAUUGAAUUUGGAUGAGUCUUAGGAAGGAGUACCAAGGCCAUGAGAGAGAAAGUAACUAGUGCUGUAAGGGGUGGGAAGUGUAAGAAAGUAAACAUUUCCGUACGACUCACCUGUCUGUAUGUUAAAAUUACUUUGGAGUAUUUAUUGAAAAACCUCAUGAAAUUACCAAUUUAUUUCACAGUAGUCGAAUGCUGGAUCAAUCUCUCUUCCUA